UUAUUUCUUUGACGAAAUUAUAAUUGUGUUCCAUACUGUCUCACACCAUACACGCUCUUCUAUGCUUGGUUAGAUAUUCUCUCUCCACACGAGCUCUUUUUGCUGCUUCUGCUGCUCGUGGUGGUUUCCAUCGAUCGCCAUAGCUGCUUCUUCGGCUCGACGACAAUCGCUUGUUGACAAACGUGAGCUCUUGUUUCUCGCUUCAGCAGGUUCGGCUUUACUCAACCGCCAUUGUCGAAGAUUGCUUGCGUUUGGAAUUUUCUGGUUGGAUCGUUUCCAGAUCUCGCGGUUUAUUUUAUUCAGCGUUGGUUAGUGGUUUCUCUCGGAGGUAUUGUUCUCUGUUAACUACAUACUUUCCACUUCGAUACUUUUUGUGGUCUUCUGUAUCUUUCCCCCAAUUUAUUAAUUUCUAUCGCCAUGAACCGCCGCGAUUAUUAUUCAAUUUGGCUCUGCUUUGGGGCUGUUACGAUACUUUCGAUGCAUUUUGCGUCAUUUGCAAGCGCUGAGUGGCCAACGUGCUCUGGUAUGGUCCCUGUGAACUAUCGUAACGACAAGAUAUCCAUAACUGAUUAUGGAGGUGUUGGUGAUGGAGUAACUCUCAACACAAAAGCAUUCAGAGCAGCAAUAUACAGAAUCGAGCAUUUGAAGAGGAGGGGUGGUACUCUGCUGUAUAUACCUCCUGGAGAGUAUUUAACUGGCCCCUUCAAUUUGACCAGUAGAAUGACUCUUUACUUGGCUAGAGGAGCUGUUAUCAAAGCCACAAUGGACAGUCGACACUGGCCAGUAGUACCUCCAUUGCCUUCAUAUGGAAGAGGGAGGGAACGACCUGGCGGGAGGUAUAUGAGCUUCAUACAUGGUGAUGGGCUGCAUGAUGUGAUCAUUACAGGUGAAAAUGGAACCAUUGAUGGCCAAGGCGGCAUAUGGUGGAACAUGUGGAGGCUGGGAACUCUUUUGUUUACCAGACCAAACCUAAUUGAACUGAUGAAUUCCAGAGAUAUAUUGAUUUCCAAUGUAGUAUUCAAGAACUCGCCCUUUUGGAACAUACACCCUGUCUACUGCAGUAAUGUUGUGAUUCGAUAUGUCACCAUACUAGCUCCUUCAAACUCGCCAAACACCGAUGGAAUUGAUCCAGAUUCAAGCUCCCAUGUUUGCAUAGAGGACUCCCACAUAACAACAGGUGAUGAUCUAGUAGCAGUCAAGAGUGGCUGGGAUGAAUACGGAAUUGCAUACGGUCGUCCCAGCCACGAUAUUACCAUACGACGGAUCACCGGGUCAUCCCCGUUCGCCGGAAUCGCAAUCGGAAGUGAAACCUCAGGCGGCAUCCAGAACAUUGUCGCCGAGCACAUAAACCUAUUCAACGUCGGCAUCGGGAUCCAUCUCAAGACCAACAUCGGUAGAGGAGGAGUCAUCCGUAACAUAACAUUCUCAAAUAUUUACAUGCAAAACGCCCGCAAAGGCGUCAAAAUAUCCGGUGAUGUCGGAGACCACCCGGAUGAGUAUUACAACACGAAUGCUCUACCAAUCGUUAAGGAUGUUACCGUCAAGAAUGUCUGGGGCGACAAUGUACAGCAACCCGGGCUGAUCCACGGUCUGAGGAAUGCGCCGUUCACCGGAAUUUGCCUCUCGAACAUUCACCUCCGAGGUGGACAACGGGUCAGGAACUCGGGUUGGCAGUGCUCCGACGUCAGCGGCGGCGCCGUUCAAGUUAGCCCCUGGCCUUGUUCUCAACUAACAAGCAGCCAACAAUGGGGUGCGUGCUCUUCUUCAUUCUAAAUAUUUUGUGAAAUUUUUUCCAGUGAGAUUUAUUCAUAUGUUGUAUCUUUGUGUGUGUAGCUGAAAUUAUUUGCUUUGAAUAUAUGAUUAUGAAGUAUAAUAUAUGUUAUAUUCACAUCACCAUAGCAUUCAUGAACAGAGCAAAUGCUGCAUGAUCAAAUACAUUGUUGAUUAGAGAUCA